CACUGCGGCCGGGCCCCGCGGGCACCCGGGCGGCCCGCUCCCCGUGCACGCCUGCAGAGCUGCUGCCCCUGCUAUGAUGCCCGGGCAGAUCCCCGACCCGUCCCUGACGGCCGGUGCACUGCCAGGGCUCGGCCCUUUGACGGGACUGCCUGGCACCGCCCUGACAGCCGAGGAGCUGAAAUACGCCGACAUCCGCAACAUUGGGGCCAUGAUCUCACCACUCCACUUCCUGGAGGUGAAGCUUGGGAAGAGACCCCAGCCUGUGAAAAGCGAGCUUGAUGAGGAAGAGGAGAGGAGGAAAAGGCGCCGGGAGAAAAACAAAGUAGCAGCAGCGCGAUGUCGUAACAAGAAGAAGGAGAGGACGGAGUUCCUGCAGCGGGAGUCUGAGCGCCUGGAGCUCAUGAAUGCUGAACUGAAGGCCCAGAUAGAAGAGCUGAAACAAGAGAGGCAGCAGCUGAUCCUGAUGCUGAACCGGCACCGUCCCACCUGCAUCGUUCGGACAGACAGCAUCAAGACGCCCGAGAGUGAAGCCAACCCGCUGCUGGAGCAGCUGGAGAAGAAGUGAAGGUGGCACUGGAGGAGGAGACCGGCACGGGGUCUUCCGGGGUCUCUAAUGUACGUAUCGUAUGAAGAACUGUGCACCGAGGCCUGGUGCAUCCAGGACCUAGUAGGCUUCCUUGGGAACUAUGGACCAAAAAAAUUUGGGGACAGAGAAGAUUGGGAAUCUGUCAAGCAUCUACUCCGUGCCUGAACCCAGGAGCAGGGCUGGUGGCGCGGGUGAGGGCAACCUCCGUGUGAUACCCAAUCACAGCCCUUCAGCCCGUUUGUAGCCCUGGGGACCCACGGUGCACAGAAAAGGAGGAGGCGGGAGAAGACCUCCCACUCGGCCCUCUUCCCCACAGCCCUCAGAGUGCCCGUGGGGCGCAGGGACGUGGCCUGCCGGAGCCAAUCCCCAGAGGCUGCCGCCGCUCCCGGCGCACACUCGGCACGGAACCCAGCUGCAGAACCGCAGACACUUGACGCGCCCCGUCCGGUGGCAGGCCCGUCGGGGCCCGGUGGCGCAGGCGCCCCCCACAAGCACACUCUCAGUAUAAUGUUUACAGCCCAGCUGUCCGUGUCGGCCGUGCUUUUGAAUGCACAUUUUUACACUUUUUUUAAAGAUAUUUUUUACAAAGUUUUUAUACGGCGAUCUCUAUAUGGAUUUAUAUAAUCACUAGAUGUGAUCCCAUAGAAAUGUAUGUUACGAUGGUCUGUUUGUUACAAACGCAUAUGCCGCAGUUAUCUCCAUUGUGUUACCUGUCUGGCAGUGGGCUCCUUCCCACAGCGCGCUGGGAUGGGGGCCCAGCAGCCCUCUGCAGUGCUGCCGCUGCCGCCUCCAUCCAUGUAUGUCCUUCAUAAUACUCAGUUCUGUAUCUCCCAGUAAAUGUUACCUUUAUGUACUUCGCCCUCCUGUGCUCUGUCUGGGUCGGGCUGUGGUGAGCUUUGGAUGGAGCUCAGCCCCGUGAUGGCAGCCAUGGGGUUUCUGACUGUGCUGGCCAUGCGGGAGGCUGAUCCCAGAGCUGUUUUGGCGUUAGCUGUAUUGAAGGCAUUCAUCUAGGAAAGAUGGGAAUGCCAGAGGUGGCUCUGGCAGCUGUUAGUCAAGCAGUAGCUUGGUGCUGUACCUUAAUGGGCAGGCAGGACAUGAUUUGCAGGCAGGAAAUGCAAAGGUGGGAGAUGUGGGAGAUGAUCUCAUCCUUGCCUCUUCCUGGGUUCCACAGCUUGAGCCCCUUUAGGGAAGACAAAGAGGAAGGGAAGCUGUUGCAGCCUCAGAGUGGUGGUGAUCCCUUUGGGAAAGAAGGCAGAAUACAGGUCCUGUGGGCCUCCGCUGGGUCCCAGCUUUCUGAGAAGGCUGAGCCCUGCCAGUGCUGAGCACAGAGAUGUGCAGGACAGAAGGUAAUCAGCCAGAUGGCACUGAGGUUCUAGGACAAAAGGGCUCACUGGAACUGAAGGAGUUGGUAUCCUCAGGUGUAUAACCAAUGCCUGUCACUAUAUAGGUGUGUUUCUGAGUCUUACAUACAAAGGCAGUGGGGGGGCACCUUGUUGUGGGCAAGACAGGCUUCAUCUCACUCAUGGAACACCACUGAGUGGUGGUGUCCAGAGGAGCCGUGGUGAACCCUAUCUUCUCCCAGUUCCUUUGCCAGUGUGGUUCAGGAGACUUUGAUGCAAACUGUGAGCUCUGGUACCCAGUAAUGCUUAAGUACUGUUGGGGAGAGGAUAAGUUCGCCCUAAAUGUGGUAAGAACCCAGGAGGUGGCCUUUUCUGAGCAUAACUUCUUCUCUGGUGCAUAUUUAUUUCUCUGCGGUCUCCUUUUCCAUCUCCAGCAGUGUCUAAUAUUAGCCCCUUCCCCGUUUAUUUCUGGAUUUCCCCUCCCUUUCUAUAACUUCUGUCUCUGGGACCUCCCAGAAUUCUGUCAGCUGCCUUAUUUAGCGUAAGGUAUGUUGGAUCUGGUACAGGCAGUUUUUGCCACAGGAGGAUUUGCUGGCUGAGGUGUGCUAGAGGGACGUGCAAGGAAGGGAUCUGGAACAAAGCUGGUGAAGAAAGGCAGUGUGUGGCCUGGCUCCCACUGCAGCUGGACGUCUCUGCUCCAUGCUUCAUUCUGCCCUGCAGCCGUUGCUGAGGCCUGACCCUAUUCUCACAAUGAGCCAAUCUUGGCACUUCUAAGGAAUGCAAUGGCUCUCACUGAGCUGUGCUGAAAGAGGCUGCAGAACAUUUUCUAGUCCUGCUUCUCCCUUCAGGACUUUAUUUUCCCCUGCAGAGUAUUGAAGGUAAUGAAUUUCCAGGCUCCUCCAUGUAUCAGUUUCAUCUUUCCUGGUGAGAGCAAGCUUCUUGUGGGACAUCAGAUGGCCCAACCACAGUCAUCACAUGCUUCUUGCUCAUCUGGACAGCCCUUGUGCUCAUCCUUACGUGGAGGGCCUGUGUGACUCCCACACACCGUCACCCUGUGCACUGCCCUGAGUGCAGGUGAUGGAUGGCCCUUCUCUGGCCAAUAGCCGUGCUGCACUGAAACUUCCUGCUACGAAAACAGCUGGCUUGGAAGAGAAAUAUUAGAUGCCCUUUGAAACCAAGCACACUGGCAGCAGACAGCAAAGGCAGCAGCAGUGGAGUGGUGUUGGUUUAAUGUGCAGCGCCUCCUCACAAGGCUCAGGCAGAAGCAUUCUGAGCCCCAGCAGUGCCAAGACAGGAUGUGCCUGUUUCCUGUAUGUCUUCAGAGCAGUGUUUUGCUGCACUCUGGUCAGUGCCGAACAAAUUGCCCUUAAGGCCCUUAAGGCACUGUUUUUUCCAGAGCACUUGGUUAGACUGCAGUGGUGCGUUACAGUGCUAUCUCCUGGGGAUGUGCAGAAGCAGGAGCACGUUCCAGGUGCAAGCCCGCCAGGCCCAUAGUGUUGCAUCUGAGUCCAGCCCUCGUUCAGCUUCCAGCGCUGGGCCAGCCUGCUCCUUGCUCUGAGCCAAGAUGGAGCUCCUAAACCCAAAGCACGGUGGCAGUGUCAUCUUUCCACCAGAGUCCCACGGGAAGGUUGGUGAUGGGGGAUUUCUCUUCAAAAAGAUGAAGGCUGCUUCCCAAAGGUCAACUCGCUGCCCACCCAGCACGCCGGUGGUACCCCGAGCCCGGUGCUGCCAGGGGCUGCCAGCAGGAGGGGCUGCGCGGCCGUGGGAGAGCCGAGGCCCAUAGGGGACCCACGGGCUUCUGUCCAUUUCCGUCUUUGGGGAGAGCCUCAUCGGCCGCUACUUUUCUCGGGGUGAUUCCAUGACGCUGCGAUGAGUGGUGUCAGCUAACCUUUGGCAAUGACCCGCUCUUGUUCCCUUUUGAGCCAAGGCCGGCAGGUAUUCACUUAUCUUUGUCUUUAUUGGUCCAUCUACUUAUCUGGCUGGAAAACAACCCCUAGAAAUCCCCAGCCUUGAUAUUUACCAAGAGACACGGAAACUGGUUCACGUGGUGCCGGUCUGCUCUGAGUGAUGCCAGCACAGCCCACAGCUGAAGCGGGGCCACCAGCAUGGCAUGGCUGCAGGGAGCGAGAGAAUCCACCCGCUGCUUCCUCCAGCCCGUAGACAGAGCCUGGAGGCGAGGGUACAGGCUCAGCACUGCAAGAAGCAGCACCCAGUGUGUGCUCGGUGCUACUUCCAAAGCCCCAUGUGGCUCGAAGCAAGAGCAGAAUCUGGGUAUGUGUGACAGCAAGGUUUCGCUGCCGCCUGUCACGUCUCAGAUGAAGCUUCAGGAACAGGAUCCUUUGCCAGUAACCACCACCUUGAGCUGAUGUUAUCUAGUUUCUGCAGAAUGAACUUGCUGAGCUGUCAUCUGUAUUGCUGUCGGGGGAAGUCCUGACUCCUGACGCUGCAGUUCCUGUGGCGGCUUCGCCAGUGCCCUGAUUCCAGCAGCACCACUGGCUGAGGAGGAUCUGCUGGAAACCUGCGGCAGCAAGGCUGGGGCUGCCGGGAGGAGGUGGGCGGUGAGGCUUUGUGCCUGCCCUGGUGCUGGUGGGGCCUCCAGGCAGGCCAGCGUGUGCCUUUUGGUUGCUGCUGGCAGCGCACUGCGCAGUGCUGCUGAGUGCCGUAGCCCUGUGAGGUGGUCAAGGCAGUGUGCUGGAGGGGGGUUGUGGGCAUCAGCAGGUGCCUCUCAGCGUGUAUCUGCUGGGAUCUGCCAUACAGGCACACCCUGUGGGUGCCAGGAAGAGUCGCUGCUGCACUUCUGUAGGUAUCUGCUAGUGGAGACAUCUCUCCUUUUUGGUGGAAAUCUUCGUCCUUAGCAAUGUGACCUGAUGCACUCAUCACUUCCACGCUGCAGAUGUUGGUUGUGUAGCAAGCUGAGAUACCAGCGAGACGUUGACUGGGCCUCUCACAGCAGGGCAGCUGAAAUAGGACUUCCUGCAGCCACUCUGCUGCCAGUUGAUGCCAUCAGGUCUCUGGCUGAUGUGAACAAGGUUUUAGGAGCAGCAAGGAGUGCCAGAGUGCCCUGCUGUGUCUCGCUGCCUGCACAGAGCCAAGUGCAUGGGCAUCUCCCUGCCUGAUGGCCACCACAUGCCAGGGCUGCUGCAGCUCAGUAUUGCUUCUCACCACAUUCCAGAGCAUGGCCAAGCACUGGCUGUCAGACAUGCAGCACAGUGAGGGUGCAAAUGGGUUCAAAGCCAUGCUCAAACUGGGAGUGCCAGCCAGAUACUGGGAGUAUCCAGCCUCUGUGCAGCAGUGGGGAAACAGGGACGGAGCUUAGGGAAUGGGAAUGGGAGAGCGUGUCCAUCUUAUUAUAACAGUAUAGAUGGCUGUGGGACAUCUUGCCUUGUGUGUUGCGUCACUUCUACUUGCCCCACUGUGAAAAUGGGGGACGUCCAAAGAUGGGCACUGACCUCAAUCUGUGGCAUAGGAAAAUUUCCCUAUGUGGAGACUAAAAGUCCCAGUAGUUUAGAGCGGAAACUAAUGAAAUGCCGCAUGAUAGAGAUGUGUAGAGCAAUGCCUGGCUUAGAGAGAAGUCUGUUCCCCUGCUCACCCCCUCACAAGAUGUUCAAAGAAAUGGAAAGACAACUCAUUUCAAACUGGUAAACUGACACACUUUUCAGAGCAGCUAAUUGCUUUGUGCAGGUGGACAAGGUGCCCGCUGGCAUCGCAGAGCACUGAGGAUAAGGUACUCCUGAAAAAUGAGGAUGUCCAAACUCGGGUCCAAGGGUUUGGAUUAAAAAAAGUUAGGAAAUGGCAUGGCUCUUGGACACAGGGGUGAGGGAAGGAGAUUCUGCCUUUUUCUGUCCCCUCUUUGAAGCUACAGUGGGAGUUGUCAGCAGCAGCAGCAGGAGCUCCUCGUGCUGGGGCUGAGCUGCAGCCCCUCUCCCUUGUUCCACCUCCCAGGCACUGUGGGGCAUGAGAUCCUGAGAAUUGAGGGGGGGGAAAGGGUAAAAUGGUGAAGAAAAAAGGGAGAAAGUGAAGAAGCUGCUGUUGGGAUGGGAGUGUGCUUGGAGCAGUCCUGCUGUUCAGACAUUCGCUGCUGAGAAGGGCAUCUUCGAGUCUACUUGCUGCAAGAACAUGCCCCAAACAUAUUGCACCCUGUUGUUGGGAGGGUUGAACAGAUGGUGAGGGUGAGGUUGAAAGGAAUCAUGCAUUAAUUUAGGAGACAAGUAUUGUGUUUUCUCCUACGCCCCAUGUCCCAGGGCAUGGCAGUAGUGCCCAGCGAGGAUCAGACCCUGUCAAGCUGCAGCCAUCCCUAGGAGUAAAAAGGUUGAUGCUCAUUUGGACCCACUGCGACAUUAGCAUGGGCCUGAGGUGUGUGGAGCUGCACAGCCACACACCGUUCCUGCCUCAUGGUCUGGAAAUACAUAAAGGAAGCUGGGGCUGCAGCCUCCUGCAAGCACCGGUAACCUGCCCUGGGUGGAUCAGCCGCUCUGGUUAAACGGGUCGCUGCCCUUCCUCUUCGGGCCUUCCCCACCAUUGCUGAACGAUACUGCCAUCGAGGUGAGUCAAACCGUCAGACAGCAGCUGUGCCCCUGCACACACUGUGUCCAUGCACUUGGAUAAGUCAGAUCAUAGAAUCAUAGAAUCACAAGGUUGGAAACAACCUGU